ACUGAAGGUUCUCUCUUCAUUUGUCCGCACUGUAAUUACAGUACUUACAGGAGCAAUGACUUAAAGAAACACGUACGGAUUCACACAGGAGAGAAGCCAUACUCCUGCUCUGUGUGUGGCUAUCGUACAAAUGCCAACAGUAACCUUAAAGCACAUUGUCGUACACGCCACCCAGAAACCAGCUGGCAUUCGUAAGGUGGCGGGAUGGGCAGGUGGUGGUGGUGAGGAUGUGAUGAUACCCGGUCCCCUCUCUCUACUAUGUUACAGGUGUCCACACUGCCCCUUCGUGGCUGGCAACAGGAAGCGCCUCCGAGCUCACAUGUCUGCACACUCAGACCGUCGACCACACUCCUGCUCUUACUGCGACUACCGGGCGACGUGCAACAAAGAUCUUCAGAAGCACAUCAGGACCCACACAGGAGAGAAGCCGUACCAGUGUGAGCUGUGCCCUUAUAGAGCCAGUGACCCCAGCAACUACCGUGCUCACAUGAAAUUCAGGCACAAGAAUCUGAUCUUGCCAGUGGUGCCUCCUCAUGGGAAACAUUGAAUUAUGUGGCUGUGUGGCGGCCUCCAUCCCACAACUGCUAGUAGUGGUAUCUUAGCUGUAAAAAUUAAGAGUAAGUCCAGUAUAAGGUUAAAGGAGAUCUGGAAAAAGUCAGAAGCUUACACCAUAUGGCAAAGUUUAUUGUACAUAUUUCAACAACUCUUGAAACAGAAAACCAUUCACCUCACAAGCUGAAGGACGAAAAUAUUUCCAAAGAAGAAUUGCAGUGAUAAGUGAUCACCUGAAAUGUUAAUAUUACAAAAAGUGAUGUUUAACUUAUGAAGAGAACAUGUAUACCGUCUGUAACUAACUUGAAUACGUAUACUUGAGAAGUAUUCCUCACCGUACAGUAUACUGAGGUGCUCCUAUUAAACACACAGUAAUAAAGUAUAAAGGAAUCACACGAGAAAUUGAAGGUGUGUUAAGACCGGGCGAGUAUACAGUAUAUAUCUUAUUUCUUGUGUUUACUUUAUGCAAGAAUCCACCUGUUGUUGUUUCAGCCCUUGAUGGAGUUCCUGCAGCCAACACAGACAAUAUUUAUGAACACAACUCUUCCUGUAGGUUUAUCCCAACAACUAACUAAACAAAUUCUUAACAUUUGGAUGCACAUUAUGAUUGUUGAUAAGGAAUUUGAAGAGUCCAGGCUUUUCCAUUAUUUUAGAUAUUAUAUUAAGAACAUUGUUUACUGUUUAGGAACCUUAUUACCGUUGACAUGUACUGUAUUAUACUUUAAUGUUAAAAUACUUAUUAAGCUCAAUACAUGUGUGGUUUGUAGCUAACAAAAUAUACUUAUAAACUUGA